GUUACCUUUCAGAAUCAUUUGUAGAACCGAACCGACGAUUUUGGCGUAUUAAACUCUCAUUUCAAUCGGAAUGCCCGCAUUGUCGUUCUUCCGUCGUGCAAAGUAGCGGAGAAAAAAGAAAAAGUGGUCCCGCGCAAGGACGACGGUGACGGCCUCGGCGGCGCGCGAGUCGCGACGGAGAAAUCGGUUGGCCGCUGGCCGCGACGCGCACGCCACGUAGGCACGCGGCCCGGGCCGACAGGCGGGUCGAGCGCCAACGGCGGUAGCGGCGGCGGCGGCGGCGGCGGCGGCGACGACGGCAGCCAUUGCGCGGCACGACGUCGAGUCUUUGCCGCGCCGCUCAGUACGCGACAUCGCGCCGACCAGGAGUCGUCAUGGAUCCGGCCGCUGGAGACGAGCAGCGCGAGCCUAGACAGAAUCAGCGGUCCGUCGGCACCGCCGCCGCGGACGAGCGGCCCCUGUUCGUAAGGGAGUUGUUCGACAAUGUGCCACCCCUGCGACCGCCGGACAGACCCCCGCGACCACCCCCGGGCCGUUCGUCGUCCAGCAGCCGCCAGCCCGAGCAAAUCACGAGCGAACCGAUCGAGAUGCUGAGAUUCUACGAGAGACACGGCGCCCACUUUUUCAUCAGAGACACGGACGAUCUGAGCGGAGCCGAGAUCGGGGACCUGCUGGACCUCGUCCACGAGAGCUUCCAGCUGACCGCCGCGGGUAACGCCGACCAGCUGAUCACCAAGCUGGGCGACUGCCCCGCCAAGUACCUGGAGGCGGCGAUGUACGCGCGCAACGCGGAGAACUGCACGACGCUGCAGUGGGCGAUCGAGUACAGCCAGGUGGAGACGAUGGGGCGGAUCAUCGAGCACCGCCUCCAGCACCUGGUCAGCUGCCGGGCCACACCCAACGACUUUGACCAGCUGGUGAAGGUCGUGGAUGGCUCGAAGCACCACAUGACCAAGCUGGAGGUGCUCCAUCUGCAGGGCCAGUGCGCGACGCUCGAUUUCAACAAGAGCAUGACGGACCUGCUCAACAGCGCCGCCAGUCUGCUGGCGAGCAGCAAGCAGCAGACGACGCCCCCGAUGACCGGCCAGCGGCACCUCGCCGUCAUGGAGGAGGUGCUCGAGUACCUGGGCUACCGGGUGGGCGGCGGCACGGACAACAUCGACAACCUGAGGGAGAAGCUGGCCCACCGGCCGCACGGCUUCACCAUGCAACUGCUCAAGAUGGGCAUCUACGGGCCCCUGCACUUCUAUCUGCGCGCGGUCAGCUCCAUCAAGCUGGUCGAGGCGGUCAAACGGCGCGACCACGUGCUCAUCGGCAAGUGCAUGAACCACGAGCCGAACCUCAGCGAGGCGGACCAUCGCGGCUGGACGGCCCUGCACCACGCGCUCUACCUCGGCAUCCGGUCGAUAGUCAAGCUGCUGCAGCUCGGCAUGGGCCGCGACAUCGUGACGGUGCGCACCCUGCGGCAGCAGACGCCGCUGCACCUCGCCCUGCUCCCGGCGUACCCGUCGGACCCCUCGGACACCAUGCAGCGGCCCAACAUCGACACCAUCAAAUUGCACCUGGACCUCGUGCCGGCGGAGAAGCUGCCCGAAUACGUCGACGCCCAGGACGUCGACGGCGCGUCAGCGCUGCACAUGGCCGCCAAGAUGCUGCACAGCUGGCCGGCGAGGCUGCUGAUGAGCACAGGCGCGACCUACUGCCUGCGCGACAAGAACGGCAAAGCUCCCGAGGACAUGGCCGACCUGAACCUGCGCGUGCUCUUCCGGGUGGCCGACCAGUGCUUCGCCCGGGCGCUCCAGGGCAACGCCGACCGGAUAAUCCGCGAGCUACAGAGCAGCGACAUGCUGCUCGCCGUGACGAGCACGCGCAACGCCGACGGCUUCACCCUGCCGCAGGUGCUCGAGCAGCAGGGCCUCUCCAGCGCGGCCACGACGCUCUACGAAAUGGUGGCCGACAUUCACGCCUACAACCACCAGAUCACCGAAACCCUGGCGGCGAGCGCCCGGCGUAUCGUCUGAGCCCGAUCCCGGCGGCUCCGACGUCCCUUCGCCCGCGAUUUCAUUUGUAGCCGCGAAAUACAAAUGCGAGGCGCACCCCGCCCCUACGGUCCCUUCGGCUGCCGAUCGUUAACGCUCGCGCGCUCGGCGUCGCGCGAGGUCAACGCUCGUUGCCGACGCGACAACCGACGGGGAAGGAGGGGCGGCUCCGCGGGGACGCGAACGUUCACAUGCGCACCGACUGCGAGUUUGCCGAUGGCGUUAGAUCUGCAAACUCCUGCGAUUAACCUGUGUUUCUUAUUUGUAUUUACUUCGCCAACGACUGUCCUUUUAUUUGCCUUAAUUGUGCAUUGACGACAAGAUGAUUUUUAAUUUUGAGAGAACGCCUGUUCGCAUUCCGUCCGAUACAAGUCAGGUUCACGAAUUUCUGUAUAUAGUUAAUAAAUUGCGAUUUUUUACACUG